AACCACCACGAAAAGUCUUUGGCCUGUUGUUUCGCAGCUGCGGUGAUAUCUCAACCUCCAUGUACAAGUUGGCAUGUCUCACUUUCCCACUUUAGCCUACAUCUUCUCCUCUAAGCUCCAUUCGACAGUCGUUAUCUGUUUUCCCCUACAUCUACUCCUCCAUUUUUGUUUAUCAAGUUACAUGCCUUUACUGUGUGUUAUUGUUAUGUAAAGACCAUUUCCACUCUAGAAUCCUAUAUAAGCUUCAUCUCACCAACCGCCUUCGAUUCACAUCUGAUCUCCCAAUUCGAUUCUUUCCAAUUAGAUUUACAUAUGGCUUCACUAUAUUCUUUGCUAUGCGUGGCGUUUCUAACAGUAGUAAUAGUUGCGUUGUAUGUUUCGCCAGCAGUUUCCACGUCGAGGCGAGCAUUAGAGCACCCGAGGCUCCAAAACGGGUUCAGGGUAACGCUCAGGCAUGUUGAUUCAGGCAAGAACUUAACCAAAUGGGAGCGAAUCCAGCGCGGGUUAAAGCGAGGGAAUCACAGGCUGCAGAGGUUGAAUGGUAUGGUUUUGGCAGCAACUGAUGCAUCUGAACUUCAAGCGCCUAUUACUGCAGGGAAUGGCGAGUUCCUAAUGGACUUAUCGAUUGGGACUCCACCGGAGAGUUACUCUGCAAUCCUGGACACGGGGAGUGAUUUAAUAUGGACUCAGUGCAAGCCUUGCUCUCAAUGCUUUGAUCAACCUACCCCGAUCUUCGACCCCAAAAAGUCUUCUAGUUUCUCCAAGUUAUCAUGCUCCAGCGACCUAUGCUCAGCACUUCCCCAAUCAGCUUGCAGUGAUGGAUGUGAGUAUCUCUAUUCGUAUGGCGACUAUUCCUCCACGCAAGGGGUCAUGGCAGUCGAAACAUUCACAUUCGGCAAGGUUUCUGUUCCAAAAAUUGGAUUCGGGUGCGGAGGAGAUAACCAGGGAGAUGGAUUUACACAAGGUGCGGGCCUGGUGGGGCUUGGUCGUGGACCCGUGUCGCUAGUCUCGCAGCUAAAACAAGGCAAGUUCUCUUAUUGCCUAACGUCCAUUGAUGACACCAAAAAAAGCACACUCUUGAUGGGGUCUCUGGCAAGUGUGAAUAGCACAUUAGGAGCAAUCAAGACCACCCCAUUGAUACAUAACCCAACACAGCCAUCUUUUUACUAUCUUUCACUCCAAGGGAUUACCGUGGGAGACACUCGCUUGCCUAUCAAGAAAUCCACUUUCGCACUCGAAGAUGAUGGCACUGGCGGCUUAAUCAUAGACUCUGGCACAACCAUUACGUAUCUAGAAGAAAGUGCUUUCGACGUGGUCAAAAAAGAAUUCAUCUCUCAUAUGAAGCUUUCCGAGGACACUUCGGGUUCAACCGGGCUCGAGCUUUGCUUCACCUUGCCAUCAGGUUCGACGGAUGUAGACGUACCCAGGUUGAUAUUCCAUUUCGAGGGAGCAGAUUUAGACUUACCAGGGGAGAAUUAUAUGAUUGCUGACUCCAGCUCCGGAUUGCUUUGCUUGGCAAUGGGAAGUUCUAGUGGCAUGUCCAUCUUUGGCAACGUUCAACAGCAAAACAUUUUGGUGCUUCAUGAUCUUGAGAAGGAAACGUUGUCGUUCCAACAUACACAAUGCGACAAGUUAUGAAUUUAAUUAUUUCGUGGCCUUCAUUUUCGUUUGUGUGUUAACUAAUUUGUCAUUUUUUUUUGAAUUUAAUUGUUACAAUUUCAUACAUGGUAGAUCUAUGUUUUAAAUACAAAAUCAAUAAUGUUUCUCUUGACA